ACCACCGCCAUCGCCGCCAUGGGCCCCCACGGCCUCCUCCUGCUGCUCGCCCUGGCGGGGCCCUGCGCGGCCCUCAUCAGGAUCCCCCUGACCAAGUUCCCCUCCAUGCGGCGGGUCCUGAAUGAGGUGGGCAGCGAGAUCCCCGACAUGAACGCCCUCACCCAGCUCCUCAAGUUCAAGCUGGGCUUCGCCGACCUGGCCGAGCCCACCCCGGAGAUCCUGAAGAACUACAUGGAUGCCCAGUAUUACGGUGAGAUCGGCAUCGGAACCCCCCCCCAGAAGUUCACUGUGGUCUUUGACACUGGUUCCUCCAACCUCUGGGUGCCAUCUGUGCACUGUCACCUGCUGGACAUCGCCUGCCUGCUGCACCACAAGUACGAUGCCUCUAAAUCCAGCACCUACGUGGAGAACGGCACCGAGUUCGCCAUUCACUACGGGACGGGAAGCCUCUCUGGGUACCUCAGCCAGGACACCGUCACGGUGAGUACCCCGAGCUGCCCCAGCCUGCUUUUGCUCGGUAACUUGCAAAUCAAGAACCAGAUCUUUGGGGAGGCAGUGAAGCAGCCAGGCAUCACGUUCAUCGCUGCUAAAUUCGACGGCAUCCUGGGCAUGGCAUUCCCGAGGAUCUCUGUGGACAAGGUCACCCCUUUCUUCGAUAACAUCAUGCAACAGAAGCUGAUCGAGAAAAACAUCUUCUCCUUCUACCUGAACAGAGACCCCACCGCUCAGCCCGGCGGUGAGCUGCUCCUGGGAGGGACCGACCCCAAAUAUUACAGCGGUGACUUCAGUUGGGUCAACGUCACACGCAAGGCUUACUGGCAGGUCCACAUGGAUGCGGUGGACGUUGCCAAUGGGCUGACUCUGUGCAAAGGGGGCUGCGAGGCCAUCGUGGACACAGGAACCUCGCUCAUCACCGGCCCCACCAAGGAAGUGAAGGAGCUGCAGACAGCCAUCGGUGCAAAACCACUCAUCAAAGGCCAGUACGUGAUCCCCUGCGAUAAGGUGUCAUCUCUGCCUGUCGUCACACUAACGCUAGGAGGGAAACCCUACCAGCUCACUGGAGAGCAGUAUGUCUUCAAGGUUUCUGUACAAGGAGAGACCAUCUGCCUGAGCGGCUUUUCAGGCCUGGACGUCCCACCCCCCGGGGGCCCACUUUGGAUCCUGGGAGAUGUCUUCAUCGGUCCCUACUACACCGUCUUUGACCGUGAUAACGACUCUGUUGGCUUUGCCAAAUGUGUCUAAGCGCCUGACCCCCCCACUGCCUCUGCCACAUACACACUUACACACACGCACAGGAGCCGUAGAGAAAGAUUACCAGGAUUAGAAACCCAGUGAGUGGAAAGGAAAACAAAAAAAAAGAAAAAGAAAUGGAACUAGAUUUAAAAUUACAUGGAAAAUAGUCAUUAGUGCCCUGCUAGCUUUUUCCCCUCCGUUGAGUAAGUGGUGCUGGGAGGUCUCUAGUUGACAACUCCAGCUGGAGUAGCCCCUUGCUUUACUGCUAGGUCUUCCAGUAUUUGUUUUUAAGAAUUAUUCUCAGAGCUCAACAAGGCCCUCUCACGUCUCCCAGCCCUGGUGUCCUUCCUUGGGGGGGCAGCUGGCUGGAGCCAGCCCCCAGCACCUCUGUUCCUGCAGAGAGGCUGUGCGGCUGCUCUUGGGUUUGGGCUUCUGCGCUGGGGGAGAGGGAUGGGGAAGGCUGUCCAGCACAUUAUUUACUUCUUCUUGCUUUUUCACUGAUGAAGUGGGGGAGCGGGUGGGGGAGGAGAGUCCGUCUUCAUCACCCCUCCGUGACAGGUUGAGGCAGCGACCACUAGGUCAUUUCUCAACGGGUUUGUGCUGGCUUGGUCCUGGGAGAGCGUGUCCGGGGCUGGAGCGACGGGUGACUGUGGUAGCGUGCCUGAGGGUUGAGUUUCAGAGCCCGAGGGCUUUAGCGGUGUGUUUUUGUGUUGUGACAGCACUAGUGAGAGAGCUGGAGGCAUGAUGUCCACGUGCCUGACCUAACAAGGCAAGGAUUCGUAGGGGGGCUCCAGCCAGUGGGACUCUUCAGGAAGUGAGAAUAUAAAGGGGGUCAAGAUAGGGCUUAAUAGAGGUCACUUGAAUUCAUGGCCAUGAAGGCCCAGCUUCCUGCUGAGCAAAGUCACUUGAGUGACUCGAGUUUGGUGAACUUCUCCCGGGUUCCCCAAACCUCAGAUCUUCCCAGCUUCAUCCGCAGCCAGUGAGUUGAGAAUAAUGUUUCCUAAAGCAUCUAAGUGAUCUACAAGCCAAAAUCACACUGAUAAAAUCCGUAGGUGUUUGUCAGCCACGUAAGACCUUUUGGAAACAUUAUUCGCAGCAUUUUGAACUGCCCAAAACUCAAGAGACAGUUGACAGAGCCAGCAAGCUUCCCAGGCAGGAGGGUGCUGCGGCAGCUGCUGGACUUGCAUUCGCUUUCCCUUCUGCCCCAUCCCGAAACCCAACUGCCUUUAACACCCUCCUUACCUGCUUUCCACCUUACUAAUGCUGGUGAGAGCUCUGUUCAUGUCCACCCUGUGUUGCAGAUGGAGUGAGGCACAAUCCUGCUUUGGAGAGGUUGUAGCUGAUUUAGCUGUGCUCGCAGAUCCUCUGGAGAGCUGCGCAUAUGGAGUCGCUCGCUUCACUGGGCUGGCGUCAGUAGGCAAACACUGGUGGAGCUGGGAGGACGAUAAAGUGAGUUUUAAGCAGUACUGGAAAGCAGAAGAGAGUCUGCCAAGAAUGCCAGCCCGCACUGGGAGUAAAAGACUCCCUUUGCUUUCCCAGGGCACUGGAUCAAGUCCUGAAGUUAGGGAGUGGCAGCAGGUGAGGGGCAAAGCUGAGGGUGGCAAGAGGACCAGAUCAGCACCAUCCGUGACCCUGGGCCAGGCAAAACAGAUGGUAAAAUCCUGGUUCCCCAAAAUUCACUGAUAAUCCUGCCAGCAGUACCAGUGGGGCCAAGGAAGUUCCCGAGAAAGGUCUUUGGGCAGUGGGUGAAUAGAUGGUUAUGCCCGGCAAAAUGCAUAUACAUCAUCCCCAAUAUUGAAUUCACCACGAGCAUCAGAGGCACAGGUGGGGAAGAGGUCCCGAGGUGAGCUGUGGGAGGACAGUGGGCAUGCAGCCUGCCGAUGUCCCCUGUCUCCACCCGCUGCAGCUGAUCAGUUUGGCUUCAUAACCAUGCCUCAUGCCUUGGAGGGGUCUGGCGUGGGCAGUGGGGACAGGCCUGGGCACACUUCUGAUGCGUGCGUUGUCCCCUGCAACCCCGGAUGCGACAAAUGCUGCUCCCAAAGCUUGCUUCUGCCUGCUCGUAGCCUUCACGUGCAGCCCUGCGCCUGGACGCCUAAGGACAUCUGUUGCAGGCUGGCUAGAGAACAGUAGCAUGUUACCAAAAAAAUAUCAUCAAUAGGUACUUCAAAAUCAGCAGAUAUUCAGCACCUCUCUGGAGAGCCCCGGUUUCCCACUGAUUAAGUGCCCAGAGCUCCUCUAAGUCUUGCUACAUCAUUUUCCAGCUGCAAGAUUUCUCCACCGCGGUGAGACAGAGGCAGCCUCUCGAGUACCCGCUAAUCAGACCUGAUGCAGGGGGGAAGCCCAACACGGAGCUGGUGGCAGGUUUUGAAUGUCUUUGGCAUCAGAUUUAAGCGGGACAUGCAGCACAGCCCCAGAACAAGCCGUCGGGCUGCAGUUCUGCUGGGUGUGCAACGCCUUAUGCCAUCCACGUCGUAGCCUCCACGGUAAUCCAAGGCUGGGCUGGUGUCUGUCCUGGGGCAGGCAGAAGACUGCUGCCUGGGGAAAGAGCAUGGCCCAAAAUGACGUCCUGAGUGACAUACCUAGGAUAGGCUGGAGGAGCGGUUCAUUGUAGUCUUCCCUGAAUGGGUCUCCUCCCCUUAUUCUUUUAUUUGCAUUUUUAAACCAAACUCUAACCGCGUGACUGUUGGGUAUGUUUUUUUAAUCUAAUUUGCUGUCAGAAUUACUGUCUCAUCAUAGAAAAUUGAAAAGAAAAUACAGUAUUUCCCCCCCCUUAA